AUGCAUCUGAUGCAAAUGGACUCUGUGCAGCGUUGGAUGGAGGACUUGAGAUUGAUGGCGGAAUGUGAGUGUAUGUGCAUACUUCAAUCAAAGCCCAUCAGUGUGGAUGGCGAUGGACUCAAUGAGCUUGUCAUAACAUCUCAGCAAAAUUUACAAGACAGCUUGCAGGCACUGUUGAAGAGAGCAUGGACAAUCACUACAGAACUGUCCAACAUUUUCUACAAGCUUGAAAAAAAUAGGUGGCAACGGAUUCACAGCGCUGCAGUGAGGGUGGACUGUCACGUCAGGUCUUUGAUAAAUGAAUACAACAGUUACACUAGGAACGCUUCAGCAGAGAUACAACAGUUUGAGAAGAUUUUAAUAGAGAAAUGCACUGCACUGACUAAGAUAACCGAAAGCUGUAUGCAUGAUGAAGAUGAAACAACAGUAGCCUCUAUGAAAGCUGAGAUCGUUGAAACCCUGAUAUCGUUUAGUCAUUCUUUCAGUCAGAUGGUGGAACUAGCUUUAACCCAUGAAAUACAGGACCUGGUGAGGCAACUAGAUUCAGCAACCAACAUAUACAACAUUGAGACAGCCGUCAGUAGCCUUAUUGGCCUGACACAGGAAGGUGCCCACUUAUGCCACAUCAUAGCCAAGGAAGGAGGGGUGGCAGUCCUAUUCAAACUUUGCAAACAAGAAGCUCCUAGCUGCUUGCAUGUGCAUGCCCUUAGAGCACUGGCAUCAAUAUGUAGCGUGGAGGAAGGCAUCAAUGAACUUGAGAAGGUGGAUGGCGUGCUGUGCUUGGCUGAUCUCCUCACUAAUGAAACAAACUCUGAAGCAACUCGUGCAGAAGCUGCAGCAGUGGUGUCACAGAUUACCUCUCCACACCUCACCUUCACACAGCAUCUCAGCAGCUUCUUAGAGAAUAUGGAGGACAUUGUAACAGCACUUAUCAAUUUAUGCAAAGAUGCCUCAUCGAGUGAAGUGUUCCUGCUGGCUUCUGCUGCUCUUGCCAACAUCACGUUCUUUGAUUCAAUGGCCUGUGAGAUUUUGUUGCAGCUGAAUGCAACAAAAGUUCUUAUCGAAGCCUGUCGUGAUCCACAGAGAGUUGACACUCCUUACUCCAAAGAUCAGGUAGUGACAAUACUGGCAAAUAUGGCUGUAUUAGACCAAUGUGCUUCUGAGAUGAUACAGGAAAAUGGUGUGGAGCUUUUGCUGGAAUUUCUCCAUGAGAAAAUCUCACCUGGAAUUUCUGCAGAGGGUGCAGCAUUGGAAAGAGUGUUACAGAAGUCUGCAGUGACAUUAGCCCGUCUAAGCAGAGAGCCGGACAUAACCCAAAUUGCCACAAGCCUGAACUGUAUUCCUCGUCUGAUCGAACUCUGCCGAUCCCCCUCUGAGCGGAACAACAGUGAUUCAGUAUUAGUGGCAUGUCUGGCAGCAUUGAGGAGACUGGCAGCUUCCUGUCCACAAAGCUUUACGGACACAGAUUACCAACAGUUAAUUAAACCUCGGCUUGUAGAUUCUUUCCUACUCUGCUCAAAUAUGGAAGAAAGUUUUGUCUGA